AUGGCCGUGCAAUCGGACUCCGGCGGGAAGGACGACGUAAAGACACAGUUCGUGACGCGGGAAGGCACGUAUCGGUUGAUGACACUGUCGGAGUACUCACGCCCUAAUCGUGUCGGUUAUACCAGCGGCUCUGGGUCCACUCAUGUACGUGUCUCUCUGGUAUCACUGCCUCCCGGCGCCGCACCGGGCUCCGAUGGCCCGGCCUCUGAGGAUAGGAUAUGCUUUAAUCACGGAAAAGAGCUGUAUGUCUAUGUUUACAGAGGAGUUAAAAAGGCGGCAGACCUUACAAAGCCUGUGGAUAAGAAGAUGUAUAAAGGCACAAACCCAACCUGUCAUGACUUCAAUACAGUUACGAUGACAGCAGAGAGUGUCUCCUUAGUUAUAGGGUUUUCUACUGGCCAAAUUCAACUAAUUGAUCCUAUUAAGAAAGAAUUAAGUAAAUUGUAUAAUGAAGAGAGACUGAUAGACAAGACUCGUGUCACUUGCAUCAAGUGGGUACCAGGUUCCAGCAAUUUGUUCAUAGCAGCUCAUGCGUCGGGGCAGCUGUACGUAUACAACGAAGAAUUGACCUGUGGGACGACGGCUCCACACUACCAGCUAUUCAAACACGGGGAUGGCUACUCGAUACACACGUGUCGGACCAAAAGCACUAGGAAUCCCUUAUACAGGUGGGUAAUAGGCGCUGAGGGCAGUUGUAUAAACGAGUUUGCUUUUUCGCCCUGCGGUACCAACCUCGCCGUAGUUUCGCAAGAUGGUUUCCUGCGAUGUUUUCACUACGACACUAUGGAGUUGAUAGGCCGAGCGAGGUCUUACUUUGGCGGCUUUCUCUGCGUGUGCUGGUCUCCAGAUGGCAAAUACGUGGUGGUGGGGGGCGAAGACGAUCUCGUUACCGUCUGGUCAUUCAGUGAAAGGCGAGUCGUCGCUCGAGGCCAGGGACACCGCUCCUGGGUGUCAGUGGUCGCCUUCGACCCCUACGUGGUCAGCUUCAGUGACCCUGAUACAGAAGAUACGCAAGAGGACAAAAGUGAAAGUGCGCAGUGUUAUCGGUUAGGCAGUGUAUCCCAGGACACGCAAUUGUGCUUGUGGGACUUGACUGAGGACGUUCUUAAGCCACCCGUGCGCGCGAGAGCCUCGGCGCACCUCUCCCCGAACAGUCAAAAUUUCUCACCCAAUGGCGUGCCCGGAAAAAUUCCACCGAAAUGCGCAAAGAGCAACAAAAUCGGCCACAAACACGCCGAGCUGAGCGCCACGAACGCGGCGGGGGAACCGUCCGGGGCGAAACCGAAGACGAAAGCAAAUAACGUAUCUACUUUGAACAUAAGCGUCGGAAAGGCGAAAGAGGAGAGCGGGCUAGGAGUGAACUUUACUCAGCGACUCGCGGCGCUAUCGUUCGGAGAGCGGAAAUCGGACCACAGACGAAACUUCAGCCUUACCAAAACGACGGAGAAGUCGGCGACCAAUACUGUAGCGCUGCGGGGAAAGUCGGCCGGCGCGCCGAGCGAUAACUGCGACCCGGUUAAGCUAAUAGGGACGCCGUCUUGCCCGCGCUUCGACGAGUGUCCAGUGCUAGAACCGUUGGUGUGCAAAAAGAUCGCCCACGAGCGGUUGACGGCGUUGCUCUUCCGGUCGGAGUAUUUCAUAACGGCGUGUGCGGACGGCUGCGUGAACACGUGGUCGAGACCAGCGCGGCCGGUGUCUGGUACGCGUCGCGAGAGGGGCGAACUGACUGACUAG